UUCGCCGACGAUCAGUUCGAGCUUGUCCGUGGAAGCCGCCAGUCGGGUGUCGCGUUGCUGUUUCAGUUCCUAUUGCUAUAUGGUUUUGGAGCUAUAUAGAGCUAUAUGACUUGUGCUACUACUGAUCUUUUUUUCACUAUUGGUAUUACGUUUUCUGGUGUGGAACGUGCGUCCAGCUCGGUUCGUGUGUGCACCCCGUGUUCAUCGCAGUAGUCGUCGCAGUCGCUGGUCGUCUGAAAGCGAAAACUGGCGCUCAAGUUCAGUCAGCGAUUUGUCGAUUUCUAUGCAAAUCAUUACUCGGAAAAGAAACACAUAUAACCCAGAGUCGGAGAUAUAGCCGCCAUAACAACAAAAGACGGCCAGAAAAAAGAGCGUGCUAUUUUUAUUUUGCUAAAUGUCGACUCGAGGCUCACGUCGCCGGAGCAGAGCCAAAGUCUCCGUUUCAACUUGCGAGAGACUGUAACUUGAGUCGCUGUCCGCGAAAAAAGUAAAAAAAUAAAUACAACAAAAAACAGACAAACAGAAACAGAUUGUAUCUGUAUCUAUAGUCGCGACUUGCGGCUCGUUUUGUGUGCGCACAUUCGUGUAUCUGUAUCUGCGGCCGAGCGCAAAAAAAAGUAAUCAUAAACUGGAAGGGAAAGAAAAAUAAAUAAAUAAAAAGAGUGCCGCUCCCCAGCCUCCAAGAAGUACUGAUACCGAGAUAGACAGAUCUCCUCCUACCCUCAAAAAAGGAAAUAUAUAAGUGAUUUGUGUGCAUCAGCUGAGUUGGAAGAGCUAUGAUGUGAUAGGAUAUAUAGCCCAGAGAUUUCGAUUGAGAAUCCAUCAAGUGUUCUAGAGCCAUGGAAUUUCUUUGCAUACUAAACGCCUUCGAGCAGAACUACUACAACCGCAUCAAGGAAAUCGAGCGCUAUGCCGCUGCAGCUGCAGCUGCCUCAUCACCCACCUCGUCGGCCUCCACAUCCUCGGCAUCCUGCUCGAGUGGACCCUCCACAUCCUCCUCCGCCUCCUCCACGGCCAGUUCGCCCAGCUCGUCGGCCCAGGCAGCCGCUGCCCUGGCGGCCACUCAAAGACUGGCCGCUUAUCAGGGCCAUGGAGCUGGUUCCCAGGGCCAGGGGGCCAUGUUCUACCAUCCUCACCAGCAGCAGCAGCCACAUCAUCAUAAUCACCACCACCUCCACCGGCAGCAGCUGGAGCAGCUGCAAUCGUUGCAGGCGAAUUCGGGCAAUCAGCAGCCGCAUCCGCAUCCGCAGUCAUCCUCGGAUCCCAACGCCUCCUCCAUGGCCAACAGCCUGCUCUGGCAGCCCUGGCGGGAUCUCCAGCAGGCGGCGGCCAUGCAUCAUCAGCUCUACAGGCAGCAGCAGCAGCAGUUGCACAAAGAGAUGCGUGUGACGUCUAAGGAGCUGCCCACCACCAAAUGGCGACGCGAGCGGCGUCAACGAACCGCCGAGUACCAGGUGCACGAGGCCGGCAGCAGCGAAAGGGAGCGGGAGAGGGAACGGGAGCGAGAGCGUGAUCGAGAGGACAUGGACAGCCCCAUUGACAUGUCGGUGACAACGGGAGCGCUCAAGCAGAGGGCCUCGCCACCGCCUCCCUAUCGCGAACCCUUGCCGGGCACCAACUAUGCGGCCAACAGCCGACCCAGCGUCAUCACCCAGGCUCCACCCAAGCGGGAACCGCCCGAGCCGGCUCACCAAUCCUCAGACAUGGCAUUGUGCGACAUUGACGAGCACUUCCGGCGCUCGCUGGGAAGCGAGAACUAUGCCGCCCUGUUCGCCAAGAAGUCGCCGACGCCCACGCCCACACCCACGCCCUCGCCUUGCGGUACGCCCAAGCAGCAGGUUUCGCCUCUGGCCUACGUAUCGCCCUCGUCAGCCAGCACAGCAGCCUCGCAACUCUACCAGCCGCAUCGCUCGCCGCUGGGCAAGCCGGGUUUGGUCAUCAUGGAGCCGGAAUCGCCGCAGCCGGAACUGCCGCCGCCGCAGGAGGAACCGUUGCCACUCUCGCUGGCACUGCAUCGCACCCAAACGCCGCCAUCGCCACCGCCCUCGGCGACGGGCUCGGGACCAGCGCUGCCCACGGCCGUCAGCCAGGUGAUGGAGGCAGCGGUGCCCGUCGCCGCCAAGCGGACUGUCCUGGACACGCCCCACCACACGCCGCCCAGAUACAAUACACCACCGCCGCCGCCGCCAGCUUAUGGGACAGCCGGAACACCGCCGACUUUGACACCGACUCCAAUUCAAACACCGAAUUCGAACCCGAAUCCGAAUCCUACGCUCUCGCAGAUUCCCACGACCACGACACCCAGCAUGCCGGCCAUCAUUCGGGUGAAGGCUGAGCCCGGCUUGGCGGCUGCAGCCGCCUCCUCGACGCAGACGCCGCCCGCUUCGCCCACCUCGUCCACGAAUAUAUCCAUAUUCACCAAGACUGAGGCCUCGGUGGACGACCACUUUGCCAAGGCGCUGGGCGACACCUGGACGAAGCUGCAGGGCGGACACAAGGAGUAGAAGGAGGAGCAACCCCAACCAACCAUAUCCCCAUCCCAAUCCUUAACCCAAACACAAACACAAACCCAACCCCAAUCACUGAUCCUCAACGAUCCAACUCAAGAGCUGUUUUUAUUAUAAAUAUUUCAAACUACACAAUUAACGUUUAAAGAUCUCAUGCUGAUGUGAACGGAAAUUCUUCAACUGCGAGUGUAUUACAAGUUUCUGAUAUAAUGAUUUUAUUGAAUAUUGAUAACACGGUUAGCGCGGAAAUAUACGAUAUAUAUAUAUACAAAUGGAUAAAUGUGUAUGGCAAAGUGUAUACGUACAAGUGACAAAAUUUUGUAUUAAUGCUUAGUUGGUAGAGACUAAUCCUUAAUAAUAUACCUAUUAAACAUAAGUGAACAAUCCUA